AUGACAACGGCUCGAAUCCAAGCCCGCUUCAAACAGAUUGACUUUGGUUACAAUACCCUCGGUUACGCCAGAUACAUUAAGCUCGUGCCAAAGGAUGCACGCAGCUGCGAGGUCAGUCGCCACCCGCGCACACCUGAUCCUUACCAGAGUUGUAGCAAGCGGAACUUCGACGGUCAGAUAAAAAAGUGGCGACGUCUGCUGCACGCAUAUGACCCAAAAGAGGACUUUGAGGAGCUCCAGGUAGGAAAACUGAUCAGAGUGCAACGUGCUCGUCUCUGCUCCGCCGACAUUUCUGUGAGCCGGUUUCGGACUUGUCGGCUCAGCGAGCGGGACACAGCAACCUUUGACACCACACGCGAGAAGAAGACAAACAAAGAUUGCGCCGCGUUCGGCCUUUGUAUGGAUGGGCGGCGAGGGCUCCGAACAGGUGGUCUAGGUGACUGGGAGUCACCGACUGAAUUUCGCGGUGUGAUAUAG